AUGGUAAUCUCCUUCUCGGAUGUUGACCUAGAAGGAAUAAGCUUACCACAUGAAGAUGCCCUAGUGGUGCAGGUGAGGAUAGCCAAUCGAGCUGCACAUAGGAUGUUGGUUGACACUGGAGCGUCCGUGGACGUAAUCUCACUUGAAGCCUAUAGACAGUUCGGGUUCAGCGAUGAUAAGCUCAAGCCUGAGGCAACCUAUCUACAUGGGUUUUUGGGUGCCUCCUCCUCCAUUAGAGCAACAAUCGAAUUACCAGUCACCUUCGGAGACCACCCUCGACAAGCCACGAUCAUGGUUACCUUCAUGAUAAAGUUCCCAACAGAGAAUGGCGUUAGCGAGAUCAAGGGUGACCAGAAGAAAGCCAGAGAGUGUUACGCGCUGUUUAUCAAGAAGAAUAAUGGCAACACUCAGGGGAUGGCUCUAUGUGUAGAGAACCUCAUUAGCGACCAGAGAGAUGAGCUCACGGAACGAAGGGGAAAAUCGGUAGAAGAUCUCAACCCAUUCCCUCUUAGUGAGGACGAACCCACCAAGACAAUACAGGUCGGGUUGCAUGUAGAUCCAGCUAGGAAGCUAGUACAACAGAAGUGGAGGAAUUUUAUCCUUGAUAGACAAGCGACAAUCAAAGAAGAGGUCGAGAAGCUGAAUCUAUCAGGGUUCAUCAGGGAAGAGAAAUUCCCCACUUGGCUCGUGAACGUUGUGAUGGUUCUAAAAUCAAACGGAAAGUGGAGGAUGUGCGUGGACUAUAACAACCUUAACAAGGCAUGCCCGAAGGAUGAAUACUCCCUGCCAAGGAUUGAUUGCUAA